AAGCAGGUGCUCCAUCCCGUCAUGCAAUAUUCCCACAGCAAGUGAGAAGUGUGAGGAAUUUGCGUUUUGCGUUGUGACAAGAUAUUGAAUAUUACUCGUCGUAAAUAUACGCGGGAAUUGGCCUGAGCGAGCUAAGGAUGUCGAGCAGCCACCGGUUGCGGUACAAGAACGCGGGCUUGGACGCUCAGGAGCUGCGGCGCCGCAGGGAGGAAGAAGGCGUGCAGCUGCGGAAGCUGAAGAGGGAGAGCGAGCUGUGCAAGAGGCGAAACAUCGCUCCUGGCGAAGAAGACGAUGCUGGCGGGGAGCUCGGAGGUGCAGCAGGCGGCACAGCAAGAGAGGGUGGUGUCGCUAUCACGCCGGAAAUGGUGGCCAACCUGUACUCCGACAGCCCCGAACAGCAGCUGGUGGCAACGCAAAAGUUCCGCAAACUCCUCUCACGAGAGCCCAACCCUCCCAUUGACGAGGUAAUCCAGACUGGUAUCGUGCCCAAGUUUGUCGAGUUCCUGCAGCGUGACGACAACUGCACGCUGCAGUUUGAAGCAGCCUGGGCCCUCACCAACAUAGCGUCCGGUACGUCCCAGCAGACCCGCAUGGUCAUCGAGGCGGGAGCCGUGCCCAUAUUCAUCCGUCUGCUAGGGUCCGAGUACGAGGACGUACAGGAGCAAGCUGUGUGGGCAUUGGGCAACAUCGCUGGCGACUGCCCAGAAUGUCGGGACUACGUUCUCGGACAGGGCAUCCUGAUGCCACUGCUCCAGCUCAUUGGGAAGUCCACACGCACCUCAAUGACCCGCAAUGCAGUGUGGGCCCUGUCCAACCUGUGCAGGGGCAAAAGUCCGCCCCCCAAUUUUGGAGAGGUGGCCCCUUGUCUCCCCCUACUCGCGCGGCUCCUCUACAUGAACGAUUUUGACGUCUUGGCCGACGCCUGCUGGGCGCUGUCGUACCUCUCGGAUGGCCCCAACGACAAGAUCCAGGCCGUCAUCGACGCAGGCGUCUGCAGGAGGCUCGUCGAGCUGCUAAUGCACGUGAGCCAGAGCGUGGUGUCGGCUGCGCUGCGAGCGGUGGGCAACAUAGUCACCGGAGACGACGUGCAGACGCAGGUUGUUCUAAACUGCAACGCCCUCCCAUGCCUCCUCCACCUCCUGUCCUCCCCUAAAGAAUCAAUACGAAAGGAAGCCUGCUGGACCAUCUCUAACAUCACAGCUGGUAAUAGGCAGCAGAUCCAGGCCGUAAUCGAUGCCAACAUCUUCCCCGUCCUGGUUGACGUAUUGGCAAAGGCAGAGCUCAAGACAAAGAAGGAAGCUGCCUGGGCCAUCACCAACGCCACCUCUGGAGGAUCGCCAGAACAGAUCCGCUUUCUCGUCGAACACGACUGUAUCCCUCCCCUUUGUGAUCUACUAACAGUGCUGGAUCCACGUGUAGUACAGGUGGCACUCAACGGCCUGGAAAACAUCCUCCGCCUCGGAGAACGCGACGCGCGGCCCGGUGGCAUCAACCCGUACACGAUGCUCAUCGAGGAGUGCUUCGGGCUGGACAAGAUCGAAUUCCUGCAGUCUCACGAAAACCCAGAGAUCUACCAGAAGGCUUUCGAGAUGAUCGAGCGCUACUUUGGCACCGAGGAAGAAGAUGCGCGGGUGGCACCGCGGGCGCAGCGGGGCCAGUUUGAGUUUGGGGCGGCCGCCGACAGCACCAUGGCGGGCUUUGACUUUUGACCCGGCGCCAAGACCGUGCACACGUAUAUGGCCGCUAUGCAAAGGAAGCAGCCGGGCUAGUCGGGGAAAAGGUGUACAUAGGCUUGGGCCUUAACCCACCCACACAUCGCUGUACAGAAGAAAAAAAACAUGUACAUAAGACACACACUUGUACAUUCUCCACACACUAAAAUCGUGACACAGAAUAAAUAUUUAUGAUAGCUCCGCAAAA